AUGUCAGCUCUGCGAGUCAUCUCCGCCUCGCUAUCGCGCAAAGCUUUCACGGCGAGUCGCCCGCAAGUCCUCGUGGGGGUCCGUUGCACUGCGCCUCCGCUUCGGACCACUACAUGCACACCCGUAUACGGCCACACGUAUUCAACAACAGCCCCGCGUCCUUCUCGAGCAGCCAAAAUUGAAAGAGGGGGCUCCAAGUUGUUCAAAGAUGCAGAUGCGGCCGUGGCCGAUAUCCAGAGUGGUUCCACCAUCCUCAGCUCUGGGUUUGGGCUUUGUGGAGUCGCUGAAACUCUUAUCAAUGCCAUGCACCGGCGAGGCGCCGACCAAUUGCAUUCCUUGACGGCUGUGUCAAACAACGCUGGUGCCGCCGGCAAGGGUGGUCUGUCGACGCUGUCGCAGAAUGGCCAAUUGAACCGACUGGUUCUAUCCUACCUAGGAAAUAACAAGGCACUGGAGAAGAAGUAUCUGUCCGGCAACAUUGCCAUCGAGCUUUGUCCCCAAGGCACCCUGGCAGAGCGCCUGCGAGCAGGCGGGGCCGGAAUUCCUGCAUUCUUCACCCCGACGGGUGUUCACACAUAUAUCCAAGAGGGGAAAAUCCCCGUCCGCAUGGAUGAGACCGGCAAGGUCCUCGAAUCUGGCAAGCCGCGCGAGACGCGGGAUUUUAACGGCAAAACCUACCUCAUGGAAACUGCGCUCACGGGAGACGUUGCGAUCCUGCGCGCAUGGAAAGCCGAUGAGGCUGGAAACUGCGUCUUCCGAUACACCACGAAGGCCUUCGGGCCGAUCAUGGCCAAGGCAGCCACCCUCACCAUUGUAGAAGCGGAGAACAUUGUUCCUGUAGGGUCAAUUGACCCGAACGACGUGGAUCUACCUGGUAUCUUCGUAGACCGCAUUGUACCCGCCACGGACGAGAAGCACAUUGAGAUCAAGAAACUCCGUGAGAAGGAAGACGCUGGCAACGUCGAGUCCAACAAAGACGCGGCACAGAUCCAGCGAGAGCGGAUUGGCCGACGUGCGGCCAAGGAACUCAAGCAAGGCUUUUACGUGAACCUCGGAGUCGGAAUCCCUACACUCGCCCCAUCGUUCCUUCCCAAAGAUGUGAAGGUCUGGAUUCAGUCGGAGAAUGGGAUUCUCGGAAUGGGAGCCUACCCAACGGAGGACGAGCUCGACCCGGAUAUCAUCAACGCCGGGAAGGAGACGGUGACGCUGGUCCCCGGUGCCGCGACCUUCGACAGCACGGAGUCCUUCGGUAUGAUCCGCGGUGGCCAUGUGGACGUGUCGAUCCUGGGUGCCCUGCAAGUGAGCGCCAACGGUGAUCUGGCCAACUACAUGAUCCCCGGAAAGGUAUUCAAGGGAAUGGGAGGGGCCAUGGAUCUGAUCUCCAAUCCGGAUCAAACCAAGAUCGUGGUCGCAACCAGCCAUGUAGCCAAGGACGGAUCGCCGAAAAUUGUACAAGAGUGCAGCUUGCCGCUGACCGGCGCGAAUGUGGUGAGCACGAUAAUCACCGAUCUGUGUGUUUUCCAAGUCAACCGGGCUACUAGCGAGCUUACCCUGACGGAACUGGCGCCCGGAGUCGAGGUCGAAGAGAUCCAGGAAAAGACCGGCGCUAAAUUUACCGUCGCGGACUCAUUAGAGAUCAUGGAGUAA